GCAGCCCACUUCACGCCCGCAACCUCCUUGUACCUCGCCAUCCCCGAUCACCUUAUGAACCAUCACAAGAAACACAGAUAUCCGCAUAGCUCGCCUGAUCCGCGAUCGACAUCACCAUGUCAAACCACUCGAUAAUCCGCAUCACAAGGGAGCUGUCUGACCUCCAAAAGUCCUCCGACCUCUCCCUUGCAGUCGCUUGCCGAGAUGUCGAUGUCCGUAACGUGAAGGCAAUCAUCGUCGGUCCUCCUGAUACCCCAUACGAGUUUGGUUUCUUCGAGUUCUCUGUCAGAUUUGGCAAAGACUACCCGGGCAAGGCACCAGCGGUGACUGCAACGACCACGAAUGGAGGAAGAUGUCGGUACAAUCCUAAUAUCUACGCAGGAGGGAAAGUCUGCUUAUCAAUUCUUGGUACAUGGCGAGGUGAACGAGGAGAGGAGUGGUCUUCGGCGCAAGGCCUGGAAUCCAUUUUGAUCUCCAUCCAAAGUCUUAUGUCCUCAAAUCCCUACGAGAACGAGCCCGGUUUCGAGACAGCAAACGACGAGGGCGACAAGAAAAAUCAAAAGGACUAUGUUGCGAAGAUCCGCCACGAAACCCUCAGAAUCUCCGUCAUACAACGACUUGAAGAAUACCUUGGCAUCUCACCAUCGGGUGCUGUCCAACCGCAGGUGUCCUUGAUGAUUGAUGACAGUGAUGGAGAUUUCGAUAGCAGUGAGGUCGACCGAGAGGAAUACGACGAGGCUUCUGUACACUUCGAUCCAUUCAAGGAUCUCUGCAAACGCCGCUUCCUCUGGUAUUACGAUUCCUACCUCUUAGCGAUUAGCAAGGCCAAGACCGAAGUCACUGAUGGACAAAACUUCACGCGCAUGCCUUUCGAGUGCCCGGGAAAUGGAAUGGAUGGGAAGUUCAAUUAUACAGAACUCGAGCGCCGUCUAAGGCUCAUUCGAAAGACCAUGGACGAGGAGACCGAAAGAUGGGCUGCAGAAGGCUUGGCUUCCAAAAAGAAGGAAAGCGGUGUUGCUUCAAACCUGCAACGACAGUAUGAACAGGUCGUGGAGUCGUACAAGCGCGACAAGAACGUCACUCUCGACAUCGAACUGGUUGACAAGAAUCCAUUCGUUUGGGCCAUCACCUAUUUCGGACGUCCGAUGACGAACCUUGAUGGCGGUCUAUUCAGAAUCAAGCUGUUCUUCAGUCCGCGAUUCCCCGAGGAACAACCCAGAGCCCGGUUCGAGACACAGCUCUUCCACCACCGCAUCGCAUCUGAUGGCACGCCUUGCUAUACGGCGAAGCGAGCAGAGGAUGUCAAGUCACAUAUCGAAGCCAUUAUUGAGGCGUUGGAGGAGGAAUCACCGCCUUACGACCCAAGAACACUUGUCAAUCCGGAAGCUGCCAAGCUGUUUUGGGGUUCAGAGGACGACAAGAAGAUGUACAACCGCAAGUUGCGCAGAGCGGUUCAGCGAAGCAUGGAGGAAUAAAACCGAAGACUUUUUCACUUCAGUGUGCACAUUUACCACCCAACCUUUUUCCUUCCUCAGAUACAGAUACAUGCGAAGUAGCGAUUCGAUUUGAGAUUAGCGUUUCUGUUUUUCAUGCUUCGUUGAAUGGGCAAAACCAGAGUGCAUUUGCGGUCAUGCUGGCAUGCUGGCGUAGGGAAUUUGAACUUUGUGGGGUUCUUCGACUGGACUCAAUGAAGUUCUGGUCGGGAGCAGAUAAGAUGACGAUAUACGAUGGCUAACCGGGUUUACUGGUCUGGAGUGUGCUUUAUUUUCGGCUGGAUGGGGGAUCGGGGGAAAUAGGAUGGCGUUCAGCGUUGUGCAUUAGUGAGAAUGGAUUCUGACCUUUGCACCUCAUGAGAUUCG